AUGACCGCCAAGGCAGCGUCAACUACGUCCCUCACACCUUUGCGCCGACUUGCCCAACAUUCAACGACGACAUGUGCUACACAGGCCUCGCAAUAUGGCAAAUGUAUCCUUGCUCAAUACACCGAUGUUCGGAAGGAUGCAUGCAAGGAUGAAUUCGCAAAGUUCGGGGCAUGCCUGAGAGAUGCGGCGAGUGCUAUCUACCUGAUCGCGAACAUGCCCCUCAUUCGUGUCGCGGUGUGGUGCAGAUGA